AUGCCCCGCGAUUGCACCCGCUGUGGUUAUACACUUCUGAACAACAACGGGGAGACGAUCGAGGCACUGAAAGUAUCGCGCUUUGUGGGGUGCAAGAAGUACUACGCAGGUGCGGUGGGAUAUCGCCACGAGCGGCCCGGCUAUGGUGCAUGUCAGUUCUUCCCCAGACAGAAAGGCCCGACGCAAGUCGACCUCAUUCGCAUCGAAACCUUGAGGAAGGAAGAUGAGGCGAGGGCAAGGGCAUGGCGCGGCGAGUCAGGGCUGUACAAGGGACGAAGGACGAACCAGAGCAGCAAGAAGGGGAAGCGAAUUCGGUGGAAGGCUGGAAGCGGGUCUGUGGGCGGCCAGUCGAACGAGCGCGACAAGGAGAAGGAGGAGAAGAAGCCGAAGAAGGAAGUGCAUGAGUCUGCAGAGGUCGACGAUGGGAACAAGCGUAUCAGACAUAACACGAUGACGCUGUUGGUUGCAUUUAACCUGGGAGGGCGAGGAAGGGUAGACGACAAGGCGAUCAAGUUAAUCCGAGGCGAGCACGAUCUCUCAGAAGAGAAGCUGGUAACCCCCCAUGCGGACAUCGACAAGAUCAUGAACAUGCGCAUCUGGAGCUUCUCCUCCAACGACUGGGAGCGCCUGGGUCGGACGGUGAUUGGGUCACAAGAUGCGUCGAACGGAUUCAUCUUCCUGCGUGUAGGACUUGAACACUGCGAGGGCCUCGGAUAUCACAUGCGCGAGUGGGAGGACACGAAUGGCACGGACCCCAAGCUCGUCGAGGGAAUUGCGGACGCUCUGAGCUUCCCUCUCGCAGCCGGAGAGCGGCUUGUGUUCGUAUGGGACCAUAAGGGUGGUGCCCCAGAGAUUGUGAUCGCGACGGAAUCGGACAUUCGCGCCAGUGCACGUCGCCUCUGUGUCGCCCACGGCCGCACCCGCAUAUGGAAUCUGGAAGAAUCCUGCUGGGACGCCAUCUUCGACGCGGACGCGGCGCUCGACCGCGUAAGGGGUGGCUUCCCCAUCGUAAUCAUGGCAUACGCUCCGGUGGGCCAGGAGCGUGUGGCGAUGCCGGGCAUAGGCCUCGCUCUGGAGGGCGCAGAGCGAGCCCGAGAUGGUGCUGGACGGAACUCGGGCCCGGGCCUUCUCGAGAUACCAGGGGACCCGAUUGAGAUAUCCGACGACAACCUUCCGCCUCCUGGUACGUCGAAGAAUGUCAACUCUACUUCGUCUAAGCGGCUCGCGGAAGAUAUCAUUGAGAUUUCGGACAAGGAAGCCAUGCCACCGCGGAAGUUGUCGUGGCGGAUGGGGACGCAGCGGAUGUUGGAAAGCGAAGACGACGUCACGGCCGCAAUAGGAAGCGGUCGGGACGUCCGGGCGCUAGCGAUCCAUCCAGAGCCUAUUAUAUGGGCGUGCAAUAAGAACGAGCGGCAGAUGGCCGAGUCAACAGCGUUGUGGCCCACGGUACCAAAGGACAUGGAAGCGGCUCAGGCGAACGGUGGUCCCGAGCGGUCCCAUUUACCACAUCGGGAGAGGGCGCGGACAACCCACCUUUCUAAGCCAAUUCCUUCGUGUUCUGUUUCCGAGUUCCUUGAAAUCCUGCUCGAAUACCCCGAACACUACCGCAUCCGUGCGCUCGAUCGUGAUGUCCUGUCGCGAUCCUCUUCGCGCUGCAUCCUUAACACAUCAUCAAUCCGCCCCUUGACACCCCACGGCCGCCGCGACCGCCACACGUGCGCGGAUUACCGUCCUCCGCCUGCGUCGACUUCGACAAACCGCCGCCCGCGCACGUCUCACGCCCGUCCCACCCCAGACGAUUCCCCGCCCCCUUCGCGGUCGCCGCUACUGCUGCACGUCGCGCUCCCGGCCGUAUUCCGCGAACGUGCUCCUGUGGUGACGUCCCGCCACCCGCGCGUCCCACCCGCGUGGCAGCUCAGACGGCAUCGCAAGACUCUCGAACGGGUAUUGUUCAACUCAAAAACAAAUAUCCGAGAUGAAGAUCUGAAGAAGGCCCUGCAGUUCGGCUUAGGCGCUCUGAUGAGCAACACGAAACACGGAAAGGCGUUCGAAUUCAAGCCGGGAGAAUGCCGACUGCCGACUAAUAUCGGAGAACGCUUCUGGUACUAUCACCCUGCUCACAAGCCGAAUGUCCCCACCGGACAUGUGAGACCCGACAUCGCCAUGGACUACCUCAAGGAGAAAUUGGGACCCGACGUUGAGGGUGAAUGGAAUAGGAUAUGCGCACGAGACUGGGUGAGGCCGGAGAUGCUGAGUGCAAGGAAAGGCACUUUGGAUCAGUGGUAA